CGACGACACCCACGAUGCGCCUCUGUGCCCGACGUCCGUCUGUAUGUAUGCACGGCCAGGUCUUGAGAGAAAAGCUAUAGCUACUGGCGUCUAGGAGAGACGGAAAGAAAGGGUAUAAAAAGCACGCCCAUGGCCAGCGUCUUGAGCUCGGUAGCAAGCUUGACCCCGGGAGCCUGCGCAGUCAAACAACACCACGCUCUCGUUCUCUGAUCAAUUGAGAGCUUCCUUCGUUCCCCUCUCGUCUGUGAGCACUCCCCCAAGAUGAUCGCGUCCAAGGUCCUCGCGCUUGCGGGACUGGUGGGCAGUCUCCUCUUCCAGGGAGGUGCGAGCGUGCCCACAGCCGCCCACAAGAGACAGGAUGGCGUCGAGGGCUACCUUGCCUCGGAGAGCCCCAUUGCGUACCAGAGCCUGCUAGACAACAUUGGGGCGGACGGGUCCGGAGCCCAAGGCGCGGCCGAGGGCAUCGUCGUGGCCAGCCCGUCCAAGAGCGACCCCGACUACUUCUACACCUGGACGCGCGACGCGUCGCUCGUGUUCAAGGCGAUAGUGGACCUCUUCAUCGCGGGGGACACGUCGCUGCAGGCCGACAUCCAGAACUUCAUCAUCUCGCAGGCGCAGCUCCAGCAGGUGUCGAACCCGUCGGGCGACCUGUCCAACGGGCUCGGGCUGGGCGAGCCCAAGUUCAACGUCGACAAGACGCAGUUCACGGGCGCGUGGGGCCGCCCCCAGCGCGACGGGCCCGCCCUCCGCGCCACGGCCGUCAUUGCCUACGCUCGCUGGCUUGUGGCUAAUGGCUAUACGGACACGGCUCAUGAUGUCCUGUGGCCGGUCAUUCGCAAUGACUUGUCGUACGUCGCGCAGUACUGGAACCAGACGGGCUUUGAUCUCUGGGAAGAAGUGCAAGGCUCGUCCUUCUUCACCAUCGCCGUCCAGCACCGCGCCCUAGUCGAAGGCAGCGCCCUCGCCGCCCAACUCGGCGAGACAUGUGCGUACUGCGACUCGCAAGCGCCGCAGACGCUGUGUUUCCUGCAGUCGUUCUGGAACAGCCAAGGCAACUACGUCGUGUCGAACUUCGGCGGCGGGCGCUCGGGCAAAGACACCAACUCCGUCCUCGCAUCGAUCCACACGUUCGACCCAGCCGCCGCGUGCGAUGACACGACGUUCCAGCCGUGCUCGUCGCGGGCACUAGCCAACCUCAAAGCCGUCGUCGACUCGUUCCGCUCCAUCUACAGCAUCAACAGCGGGCUGGGCGAGGGCCAGGCCGCCGCCGUCGGCCGCUACGCCGAGGACUCGUACAUGGGCGGCAACCCGUGGUACCUGACGACGCUGGCGUGCGCCGAGCAGCUGUACGACGCGCUGUACCAGUGGGAGCAGGUGGGCAGCCUCAGCAUCGACGCCGUGUCGCUGCCCUUCUUCACGUCCCUCAGCAGCAGCGCCGCCGUCGGGACCUACGCCUCGGGCAGCGCCGAAUACACCUCCCUCACCAACGCCGUAAAGACAUUCGCCGACGGCUUCGUCGCCAUCGUGCAAAAGUACACGCCCAGCGAUGGCGCACUGGCCGAGCAAUACUCGCGCAGCGACGGCACGCCCCUCUCGGCCGCGAAGCUGACCUGGAGCUACGCGGCAGUGCUGACCGCGGUAUCGCGGCGCAACGCCGUCGUCCCUGCUUCCUGGGGCGAAGAGUCCGCUAACACGGUCCCCGACGUGUGCGCCGCCAGCGCCGCGAGCGGCACCUACAGCCCCGCGACGAACACGGUCUUCCCGCCGGGCCAGACAGGCGGAGGCGGGGGGCCCAUCCCCUCGACUUCCACAACAGCCAGGCCCACGACCACGACGUCGCGCACGACGUCCAGCAGCACAGCAGCCUGCGCGACCGCUUCCAGCGUGGCCGUAACCUUUUCCGUCAAAGUAAAAACCACCGUCGGCACCGACGUCUACGUCGUCGGCGACAACGCAGCACUCGGCAGCUGGGCGCCGGCCAACGCCGUCAAGUUGUCAGCAGCCAAGUACACGGACGCCAACCCCGUGUGGGAGGGCUCUGUGCAGCUGGGCGCAGGGAGCAGCGUCGCGUACAAGUAUAUCAAGAAGACUGGCGGAGCGGUGACAUGGGAGAGCGAUCCGAACCGCAGUUAUGCUGUCCCGCGGGGGUGUAGUGCGCAGGCGACUGUGUCGGAUACUUGGCGGUAGGGUGGUGAGGGGGUGGGUGAGGGGAGCCUUUUUUGCUGUUUUUUAUUAGUUCAUCAGUCCGCCAAGCAGGCAAGCAGGCAAGCAGGCCGACGACCACGUUCGUUUCGUACAUACAAACCAAACCAACCUAGCCAGGCAGGCAGGCAGGCAGAAAACCCGAAUUGAUUUGAUCUUCC